GAAAAAAGAAAAAAAGAGAAAACAAAGUCAAUAGGUUUGUUACAAAUUUUUCGAUUUGCUGAUGGAGUUGAUGUUUUAUUUAUGAUUAUUGGAGCCCUUGGAGCACUUGGGAAUGGUCUCUGUGUUCCAUUAACAUAUAUUGUGUUUGGUGAAAUGGCCGACAGUUUUUUGUGCUACAACUCAUCAAUACAAAAUUCAACUGAAUGCUCAAAGUUUAAACCUUUAGAAGAACAAAUGGUGAUGUUCUCCUUAUAUUAUGUAGGUAUAGCAGCAGGUGUUCUACUUUGUGGUUAUGUGCAAGUUUCAUUUUGGGUGUUGGCUGCUGCCAGGCAGACCAGAAAAAUGAGGGAAGCUUUUUUCCAUUCAGUAUUGUCUAAAGACAUGAGCUGGUUUGAUGUCACUAAAUCUGGAGAACUAAACACUCGCCUUACUGAAGACAUAAAUAAAAUCAAUGACGGAAUUGGAGACAAAGUUGGUCAUCUUUUCCAAAAUAUUUCAACAUGUCUAUCAGGUGUAAUCAUUUCUCUAGCGUAUGGGUGGAAGCUCACAUUAGUUAUGAUGGCUACAAGUCCACUUGUAGCAAUAUCAACAGCAAUAUGCUCUAAGAUGAUUGUCUCAUUGACAAGUAAGGAACUUUCAGCUUAUGCUAAAGCCGGGGCAGUGGCUGAAGAAGUGCUCUCAUCUAUACGCACUGUUGUGGCCUUUGGUGGACAGGACAAAGAAAUACAAAGAUACACAAACAAUUUAGGAGAGGCCAAAAAAAUUGGUAUAAAGAAAGCUGUUGCUUCUCAGCUAGCGCUUGGCCUCAUGUUAUUUAUUAUUUACGAUUCCUAUGGACUUGGCUUCUGGUAUGGUGCAACCUUAGUUUUAUACGAAAAUGGCUAUACAAUUGGUAAUGUCUUCAUGAUUUUCUUUAAUGUUGUCCUCAGCAGUUAUUGCAUUGGUCAAGCAUCUUCCCACUUUGAAGCAUUUUCUGUUGCUAGGGGUGCUGCUUAUGAUAUUUUUAAUGUAAUUGAUCAGAAGUCUACUAUUGAUAGUUUUUCAAGAGAUGGAUAUAAGCCGGAUAAUAUAAAGGGAAACGUGGAAUUUAAAAAUGUCUGUUUUAGUUAUCCUUCAAGACCAAAUGUUCAGGUUUUAAAGGGACUUAACUUAACAGUUAAAGCAGGACAAACGGUGGCAUUAGUUGGACAAAGUGGAUGUGGAAAAAGCACAACAGUUCAGCUUCUGCAGAGACUGUAUGAUCCACAAGAGGGAAUGAUUGCUGUGGAUGAUCAGGACAUACGAUCACUGAAUGUGAGACACUACAGAGAAUUUAUUGGUGUGGUUAGCCAAGAGCCUAUCCUAUUUGGGACAACAAUUAAACAUAUAAAGUAUGGUAGAGAUAAUGUUACUGAUGAAGAAAUAGAAAAAGCUGCUAAAGAAGCAAAUGCCUAUGAUUUCAUUAUGAGACUGCCUGAUAAAUUUGAAACCCUUGUUGGGGAAAGAGGAGCUCAGCUGAGUGGUGGUCAGAAGCAAAGAAUAGCUAUAGCUAGAGCGCGUUGUACGAAAUCCUAAAUCCUUCUAAUGGAUGAAGCUACCUCUGCUUUGGAUACUGAGAGUGAAUCUGUUGUACAAGCUGCUUUAGAUAAGGCCAGCAAAGGUCGGACCACAAUUGUCAUUGCUCACCGUCUCAGCACAAUUUGGGCAGCUGAUGUGAUAGUUGUGAUAGAAAAUGGUGAUGUAGCUGAACAAGGAACUCAUGCUGAAUUAAUGGAGAAAAAUGGCAUAUACCACACACUAGCAACAGCUCAGGCUAUUCAAAUAUCUGAAGCUAGUGAAGCUUCAGAAUCAAUUGCAAAUGGAGUAUGUAGAAGACCAUCAUUAGUAAGGCGUCUGAGUUCAAAAAUAUCUGCUCAAAAUUCUGGGUUAUUGGAUGAAGAAGAAAAAGGCGAAAAUGAUGAAAUGGAACAGAUUGACCUCCCUAAAGUCUCUUUUGCAAAACUUAUGAAAUUAAACAAAUCUGAGUGGCCAUAUAUUCUCGGUGGAACCCUUGCUGCAGUAAUUAAUGGGGGAGUUCAUCCUUUAUUUAGUAUCAUGUUUGCAAAAAUGUUAGCAAUUUUUGGAACUAAUGACGAAGAAAGAAUUCGACAUGAAUCAAAUGUCUAUGCCAUAAUUGUUGCACUUAUUGGCGUGAUGUCAUUUUUGACCUAUUUUUUACAGGGAUUUUUGUUUGGAAGGUCUGGAGAAGUGUUAACAAUGAGAUUAAGAAGGAUGGCAUUUGAAGCCAUGCUGCAUCAGGAGAUUGCGUGGUUUGAUGACAAGAGAAAUAAUACCGGAGCUUUAACAACUCGACUUGCCACAGAUGCUUCACAAAUUCAGACAGCAACUGGCUCCAGACUGGGCUUAAUUGCUGAGAAUGUAGCGAGUAUGGGGUUAUCAUUUAUAAUUGCAUUUUUCUUUGGAUGGGAAAUGUCUCUACUCCUUUUGGCUAUGAUUCCUAUUCUUGUUGCCACUGGACUGCUUGAGACAAGGGCAUUAACUGGCUUUGCUAACCGUGAUAAAAAAGUACUUCAACAGGCUGGAAAGAUUGCAACAGAAGCUGUGGAUAAUAUACGAACUGUUGUAUCAUUGACUAGAGAAACAACUUUUGAAUAUAUGUAUUCUGAAAGCCUGCAGAAGCCAUACAGGAAUGCCCAACGAAAAGCUCAAAUAUAUGGUAUCUGUUUUGCAUUCAGUCAGUCGUUCAUACACAUUACCUAUGCAGCAAGUUAUCGUUUUGGUGCUUAUAUGAUAGCCAUUGGAAGGAUGACUCCUGAAGAAGUAUUUCUUGUAUUUUCCAUCCUAGCAUAUGGAGCAAUUGCACUUGGACAGACAUUAUCUUUUGCACCAGAUUAUGCCAAAGCUAAAUCAGCUGCUUCCCAUCUGUUUUACCUCUUUGAAAGAGAACCAACUAUUGAUACCUACAGCCAUCAAGGACAAAAACCUGAUAUAUUUCAAGGGAAUUUAGAGUUACAGAAAAUUUCAUUCAAUUAUCCAUCUCGUCCAGAUGUUCCUGUGCUACAAGAAUUUUCUGUUAAAAUUGGAAGUGGACAAACAGUGGCAUUUGUUGGUAGCAGUGGGUGUGGCAAAAGUACUUCUGUUCAGCUCCUCCAGAGAUUCUAUGAUCCACUUCAAGGGAAAGUGCUAUUUGAUGGUUUGGAUGCCAAAGGUUUAAACAUACAGUGGCUCCGUGCUCAGAUUGGAAUAGUGUCUCAGGAACCUGUGCUGUUUGACUGCAGCAUUGCUGAAAACAUUGCCUACGGUGACAACUCACGCACUGUUUCUAUGGAUGAAAUAGAAAACGCAGCAAAAGCAGCAAACAUCCAUUCAUUUAUAGAAGGCCUACCUGAGAAAUAUAAGACUCGAGUUGGAGGGAAAGGAACACAGCUUUCUGGGGGACAGAAGCAGAGAAUAGCAAUUGCCAGAGCACUUAUCCGCUCACCAAAAUUAUUACUACUUGAUGAAGCCACUUCAGCAUUAGACAACGAGAGUGAAAAGAUUGUCCAGCAAGCUCUGGAUGCAGCUAGAGAAGGAAGAACCUGCAUUAUGAUUGCACACAGACUGUCUACAGUGCAGAAUGCCGAUAUCAUUGUUGUCAUGAAGAAUGGAAAGAUAAUAGAAUAUGGAAGCCAUCAACAGCUUCUAGCAAAUCGUGGGGCGUACUUUAAUUUAGUAAAUGUGCAAACAAUAACGUAAUGUGAAAACAAAGAUAUAGAAAAUGUGUACAAAGAAACACUGCAGUUAAGCAUGACAACACAAUUGUAGUGUAUCACAGCAGAAUGUUUUACAGAAGAACACAUCUGUUGGGAAACUAUUGUACUGCAUUACAUGGAAGUGUUUAAACCUGAUCUUGAGGGCCACAAACAGGCAAGAAUAUAAUAGAGAUGAGACUUACUGGCACUUUGUGAUGUGUAAAUGCUACAGGACUAUGGAUUAUCUAAUCAAGUUCCUGUGUGAAAUAAAUCACAUGGCUUUUAAAGGACCAGUAAAUACUGAAGAUUUGAAUAAUUAACAAAUGCAUGAUAACAAGACAAUGCAAUAGCACUUAGGGGUCUAUUUAUCAAAGACUUUCGCCAGCCUUCAUCCCCCUACGACUGCAGAUUCUCACAAGAGAACCUGCAGUCCAUAUUUAUCAAGCAGCGGUCAUUAGACCGCUGCUUCCCUAACCUCUUCUCCACCUUUUAGGUGGAGAAUUUCAAUCUCUCCGGUAUCGUCCAACCGGGCACCAUUGGGCAUAUUUAUCAAGCUCCUAAUGGAGCUUGAUGCCCUGUGUUUCUGGCGAGCGGUCACAAAGACCGCUGCUCUGAGCAGGCGGACAGACAUCGCCGGAAAUCAACCCAAUCGAGUACGAUCGGGUUGAUUGACACUCCCCUGCUGGCGGCCCAUUGGCCGCAAGUCUGCAGGGGGUGGCGUUGCACCAGCUGCUAGUGCAAUGCUGAAUACGGCGAGCGUAUUGCUCGCCGUAUUCAGCGAGGUCUGUCGGACCUGAUCCGCACUGUCGGAUCAGGUCCGUCAGACCUUGAUAAAUAGAGGCCAUUGUGUUCCACACAGUGUGGGGUGAUCACACAGCAGGACCACUGACAGACUUGCAUUUAGUGUAUUGUAGGAAAUGUUACUGCCUCUGACUAGAAAAUCUCACUAUCCCUCUAACCAGACUAUGCUACAGAUCCUCCCACCAACAGAAACUAAAGCAUUUCUGUUCUCUUUCCAGAGGAACUUAGUUCCACCUGCAAAAAUAGUGUAGAUACUCCGUUCCUAUGCAUUCCCGCUCAACUUGACCCCUGAUUGUAUAUGUUUGAAUCUCUCAUAGCACACAUUCUUCCUGUAUACUGAACUUUGAUAUUCUGAUGUGUUGAGUAGCAAUACUUUGUGUAACAUUCAUUUCAAUUAGGAUUUAGUGCUGGUUUUAUAUUUUGUGUUUUUGCUCCAAUACUUCUAAGGAAGCGUCUAGAUCCCAUAUAUAGCCAUUAAUAAAAUCACAAAUUAAAUAUUCAGCAGAGCCUUUGACAUUUUCCAAGAAAGGGAAAAUCAAUCAUCUAAAAACCUUGUGUGCACUUUUCCUAAGUUACUUUAUACACUUUGAGGCUCUCUACUUUCGCUAUACUGAAAUGGGGCUGCAGUUCCUCUAAAGCUAGUUUCAAAGUGACUAACAUACAUUACAGUCAGAUGUGCUUCUGCAGUAGUAUGAGGGAUAGAAAUACUAAUUCUGACUGCUAGUGGAAGUUAUUAAAACUAAACUACAGAAAUGUACUUUUGCUAAUUUAGAAUAAUACUAUUCAUUUUGUUUCUGUUUCCUAAAUUAUAAUAAUGACCCUUAUUACACAGAGGACUGUAACAAUAAAAAACAGCACAUUUUUUUCAA